AUGGACCCCCUAAGCAAGCUUCCAUACGAGCUCCUCUCCCUAAUCAUCGACUACACAGCAGACUGGAUCACGCUCGAAAGCCUCAUUCAGAUCUCCCCACCACUACACGACCUCUUCACCACCCCGGCAGCCCCCAGCACCUCACCAAAGAAACAAACACGAAGAUCAGCACGAACAUCAUCCAAAGCCCACCGCGAAGCCAUACGUAUUGUCAAAUGCACCCUCGAAAACAACCCCAUCAUGUCCGUUGCUAUCCGUCGGCACUUCCACAUAAUCACCAAACUACGUCAAUUUUCCUCGCAACCAGCUGUCAGACGCACCAUCUGUUAUACUACACUCCUAAUAGGCGAUGAUGAUUCCUCCCUCUCCUUCGAUUCCCCACCAGCCCACACAACCCUCCUCGAAAUGAUCACCCUCGCAGCCAACAUCCAGCGUCUAGCAUGCGCAUGUCUAUCCACCCUCCUAACCCGGCUUCGGAGCGUUCAUCCGCACCGCUGGACCAAAGAAGACCUAGAUCCAAAGACAAGUGCAUCCACAGAGACGUACAUGGAAACGUACAAGCUACACGACGUGGGACCUCCCUCAUGGCUCGAAGAGCAUCGCAUCUACCGUCCGUUGUGGCUUCUACAGCUGAGAUAUGAAUUGUUAUCUGUUGGCAAGAAGCUGAGGUUGUUCACUGAUGAUCGACUUCAGAGAAUGAAGGAUGACUAUAUGGACAUAGAUACUGACAAUGAGGAAGAGUUCAAGUGGUUAGGCAUCAAUCUUCGCGAGAUAAGAACUGUUGUUGGGUGGUUGGAGGGCUUAGAUGAGGAUUUGGAUCUGUUCAAAACGGAUGCAGGUACAGACACAGACUUUGACCUACAGCCGCGAGCUCAACGUCGACCAUCUACAAGAGCCCUCGGCAAAAUUCGCAAGUUACAUCAGAAAGCCACGCAAACUCCACUACCACUACCUCCUAAUUUAUGCUUCAAGCCUUGGUCCCCUUCAAGAAGCACCGAGUGGCUUGAUCCAAGCCGCUAUAGCAUGAUCGGAUUUGUCGAAGAACAGCUAACCCGCGAGAAUAACAACAACAGCAGCAGCAGCAAGUCAAUGUCCACGUCCCCACGCGGUUCCCAGCAGGACCUGUUACAGUCCUGGUACGCACUCGGCAUGGCGAUAUGGGAUUGCUGGCGGAUGUAUGGGCUGGGACUGACCCUGGUGAGGCGGGAGUGCUUCUCGGAGCAGGCGGAGUCUGAAUGGGGUGAUGAGCUGCCGAUAGGGCCGAGGCCCGCGCGUAGGCAGAAGGUGCUUGAAUGCAGGCUUUCGGACUUUUUGGAGGGGUGGAAUGAGAAUAAUAGUACUAGUAGUAGGGAGGGGGAGAGAAAGAGGAAAAGGGGUGAUUAUGAGUAG